UCAAUAUAUAGUAAUCUGUGACGCCGACCGAUUAUCAUCCGAUUAUGCCCGUUUCGUUGGGCUACGGGUCUAAAGUAAAAUAAUAAAAUUAAACGGUACUGUGCUUUGCCUCCGUGUCUAAAAUUAUGUAAAUAGAAAUGAGUAACGGGGCUGAACAGAUAUUUCUACCUGAUUCCGCGAACAACCUGCCUCACAGAGUCGAAAUGAUGAGGUCGAUGAGACCCGGUAAUGGAGCGCCGACUAUCAAUCUUGAGAAUGUGUCAGACUUCACAAAGGUGUGUCGUGUGUGUGCAACUGUCACAGAGCUUGUGGUUCCCAUCUAUGGUGAAGAGGGCCAGCGCAUGAACCUUGCUGAUAAAAUAAAGAGACAUCUGCCUAUCAAGGUAACGGAGAAUGAUAUGCUGCCCCUGGUGGUAUGCUUUCAAUGCACCAGCACCCUCCUGGCGACGCACGAGCUGGUGGCGUGCAGCCUGCAGGCCGACGCGGCGCUGCGCACUGCACGCUCUCGGCGCGAGCGGCGUCCGGAGCAGGCGCUGGACACAGAGGGCAUCGUCGAAGACCGGCCAGACAACUACCGGCGCUGCGAGUACUGCCCCCUCGUGGUCCUCGGCGCCCUCUACAACACCCACCUGCUGGGCCGCCACGCCGACCUGGUGUUCCACUGCGACGAGUGCAACUCCUUUGUCGCCCGGAGACAGUUCCUCGCGCACAUGACCCGCCACGCGCAUCAGUACGACGCGGAAGGGCGCCGCGCGGUCCCCAACCCCCUCACCGCCCCGCCGUACUACCCUCCCCCCGCCCCCGCCCCCUACACCACCACCGCGGCCGCCGACUCCACCACCCACUUCGCCUCGCCCUGCGACGACGACGACGACGAGGAGGAGCGAGAAGAGAUACCACCAGUCGAGCCGACUGAGCGCAGAGGUGAGAAUCCUGGACUAAAUCCCGGCCCCGCUCGGCAAAAUGUGGCGACCGGAUCGAAUGCGGCGACUAGGCCCAAUGUGGCGACCGGGUCGCAUGCGGCGACUAGGCCCAAUGUGGCAACCGGGUCGAAUGCGGCGACUAGGCCCAAUGCGGCGACCGGGUCGAAUGCGGUGACUAGGCCCAAUGUGGCGACCGGGUCGAAUGCGGCGACUAGGCCCAAUGUGGCGACCGGGUCGAAUGCGGCGACUAGGCCCAAUGUGGCGACCGGGUCGAAUGCGGCGACUAGGCCCAAUGUGGCGACCGGGUCGAAUGCGGCGACUAGGCCCAAUGCGGCGACCGGGUCGAAUGCGGCGACUAGGCCCAAUGCGGCGACCGGAUCGAAUGCGGCGACCGAGUCGAAUGCGGCGACUAGGCCCAAUGCGGCGACCGGGUCGAAUGCAGCGACUAGGCCCAAUGGGGCGACCGGGUCGAAUGCGGCGACUAGGCCCAAUGCGGCGACCGGGUCGAAUGCGGAGACUAGGCCCAAUGCGGCGACCGAGUCGAAUGCGGCGACUAGGCCCAAUGCGGCGACCGGGUCGAAUGCGGCGACUAGGCCUAAUGCAGCGGCCGGGCCCAUUCCGAUAGCUGAGCCGAUUCCUGAACCCGUUCAAUCAAGAUCUGAGUCGAUUGAUGAUCCUGUUGAAAAUCCUGUGCCGGCUCAAAUAAAUCAGCCAGAGUCAAACGCGCAAGUUGAAGAAACAAAUGAGUCCAAGCCCAAGAAGACGCCGGUCGUCCGCCAAUGUCCGCACUGCCCUAAGACCUACACGGUCCCCUCGAGCUACUUCUACCAUCUAAAGUACACGCACGGUAAAAGCCGCGAGCACGAGUGUGUCACCUGCGGCCGCCGCUUCGGUACACGAGGCGCGCUGCGAGAACAUGCCGCUCUGCACGAACCCACUCGAGGCUUACAGUGCGAGCAGUGCGGGAAACGGUUCCGGACCAAAGCGGGUCAGUAUAUACACGCGCAGACGCAUAAAGAUGAGAAGGAGAAGAAGUUUGAGUGCGCGGAAUGUGGACGUGCGUUCCGCUGGCGCACGGAGCUCAAACGCCACGUGGCUAGACAUGCUGCAAACCGUGCGCACGCAUGCGAGUGUGGACGCGCCUUUUCCGUGCGUGCUGACUUGUUAAGACACGCUCGCACGCACAGACGUGCUGCGCAUGUGUGCCCGCACGCGGGAUGCUGCGCCACGUUCGCGCAGCCGCGGUACAUGCGCGCGCACGUGGCGCGCAAGCACGCCUCCGCGCCCGACGUGGCGCAGGCGCAGCGCAAGUCUGCCUAAACUGACUGUUCACGUGUUUACUGUCCCGUGCCCUCACGUAAGGGUCACGACUCACGGCACGCCUCUAUUACAAAGCUGUAAGGUUGACAGUUGGGACAGAACUUUUUAGCAUACGUCUACUAUAACUAGAUUAAAUUCAUUAUUUAGGUCGGUUUUCUACCUAAAAUAGGUAUGGAUAUCAUUUCGAUUAAAAUUCCACAUGCCGAUCUAGAAUUUCGAAUGAAUGAGUGACAAUAUUGUUGCGGGUUCGACCCUUUGUCUUCGGUCAACAAAAUCUCUUCUAGUGGACGUAUGCACGUCGAUGCAUCAUUUCUAUUAUCAAAUUGUGACUGUACCGCCGGCUGAGAAUGUAAUCAAUAUACCUAUUUAUACUUUAAAAUACAGAUAUAACCCAUAUAUUUAACAUACAAAUGUGACGUUUUCAACCAAAAGGUACCACAUUGUCGGUUGUCGAUAAGGUUGAUUUGUAAUUAAAGCUAUAUGGAAAUAUAAGUACCCUUUUGGUUGAAAAUAGCACAAAUAGUGUUCACACAAGUGUCCGAGACUCCAGUUCUAAAGUUUUUUAACAUGUCUACAAACUUUAUUCUUUUUCAUGCUAAUUCUGGUACAGUCGCCAUCAGAUAUAUCGGAGCGGUCAAGGUGAUCACAAAUAUCUGAACCAAAGCCUCUAUUAACAAGACGUUAUAAUGCAUGUUCAGAUGUUUUUGAGCACCUCUGCCGCUCCGAUGUAUCUGAUGGCGACUGUACUAACAGCAAUACUCAUUUGACGAUUCACGAAUUAUAAGUUAACAGUGUGGACGAUGUACAGGUUGAUUCAAAGAAAGCUGGCACGAAUGGAAAGAACAAAACUUUCAUUGUAUGAGUGACACCUGUAUCUGUAUACAGUCAGAGCCACCAUUUUAUUGGUUAAUGUGAUACACACAGCUAUUUUCAUUUACUCAUUCAUUUCGUUCGUGUCAGCAAAGAUAGAUAUAACUCCGUAAUAGAUGGAUACAGUCUAUGGAAAAAACGUGCCUCGAAAAUCACGAAAAUUUGAUUCUCGAUCAGAUGGCGCCACUAGUUUUGGCCUACUCUCGUAUAGAGGGCGUUGACGGUUUCGUUUGUUAUUUAUAAUUUUAUCGCAUAUCAGUGAAAGAACACGAGUCAAAAUCAUAUAAAAAUAAUUAAUGCAAAUAAAAAAAUCAUUUAUCUAUAUUUAAAUACAUUUUAACGUAUUUUUAUAAAUCUUCAUUUUUAGUUUAAAAGUAUGUCGAUAGAUGGCAGUGAAUUUACUGUGGUUACAAAAUUUACUAUGACAGUACCGCUCUAUCUUAUUAUAUCUUUUUGGUGCCAGCUCUUGUGAAUCGACCUGUACGAUAGCGUGUUUAAGUCUUACUCUUCUAAUUGUGACUUAAUGUUUAAUGUAUGUUAGUAGCCAAAGAUAUAUAGGAAUAAUUUCCGCUUUGGCAGAAAUAUUAGGAAGGAACGGGAGAAAUUUAAUAUUAAUUGUUGUAUCGCAUGGCGUAUGAUUCGUGUUUAGAAUAAGUAUACAGGACGCCUCCAACUUUGGGGCUAUAAUAUAAAUGCAAAGGCAAGGGCGGUACCAACUAACAUUUUGCUGUACAAGUAUUACUCGUAUUUCCUUAGGCCCACUUGCACCAUCCCACUAACCCGGGGGUUAAUCGGUUAAACCGUUAACCCAGUGUCAAAUUGUACUGGUAUUGGUAACCAUGGAAUGGUGCAAGUGGGCGUUAUUAACUUAAGGUAUAAACUAGAGGUUUAAAGUCUCAAUAGCGAGACGGCAGACCCCACUUUAUUAUUAUUUAAAUCAUUCUCUUUAGGUAUUAGAAAUAAUAUUUUCGUUGUUUUGUUUCCUUUUUGGAAAUCCUGUGGGUUACUGAAAAAUUGCUGAUUAUAAAAGUUGAAGAUAAAAGUUAUAUUGCAAUCGUUUCGCAAAAUUAUAUCUUUAUUAUUAUUAAGUUGAUUAUUAUAUUUAUAAGAAUGUGAUAUGAUUUAGAAUCUGAUUCUAUCAACAUAGAUGUAAGACUGAAUGUGUAAUAAGUGUCUAAACAUAAGAACUUGAAAAGAAUAAAAUACUCCUUUUCGGCAUAAUGUUGUUUUAUUAAUAACA